CUGGGACCGCCGGGGAUGGGGCGGCGAAGGGACGCGGCAGGACGGGGAGGUGGCCGCACACAAAGGGGGCUGGACUGGGAGGUGUCCGGCUGGGAGCACAUCCCAGGAGCUCUGCAGCAUCGCUGGCACAUCCCCGAGGGGCACGGCACAGCCCGGCCCUGAGAGAAGAGCUUCAGGGAGCAGCCUGUCCCCUCCUGCGCCCUCCCGGCAUGGCAGCACCCAUGAGGAGUUUGCUCGCUGAUCCCGACAGAUACCUCCGGUCAUUCCGCCUCUUCCUGGAGAGGUCCACGGAGCACCAGAGCAUGCUGGAGUUCGUGGAGAGGCAGCUGCCGGACGUGAUAGCGAGUAUUGGAAACGGGAAGUCUACAAUCAAUGUUCUGAGCGUUGGUGGUGGAGCAGGUGAGAUGGACUUGCAGAUCCUCUCAAAAAUACGAGCCAGGUAUCCUGGGGUCACCAUCAACAAUGAAGUGAUAGAGCCAAGUGCUGACCAAAUCUCCAAGUACAAAGACCGUGUGGCUCAGGCAUCAAACCUCGAGAACAUAAAGUUUACCUGGCACGGGGAGACAGCUUAUGAAUAUGAAAGUCGAAUGAAUGCAGAAAAGAAGAAUAAAAAAUGGGACUUCAUUCACAUGAUCCAGAUGCUCUAUUAUGUGAAAGACGUCCCUGCAACUAUCCGGUAUUUCCACAGCCUCCUGGAAUCGCAGGCGAAGCUCCUCAUUAUCCUGGUGUCAGGAAAGAGCGGCUGGGAAACACUGUGGAAGAAGUACGGAUCUUCCUUCCCUUUGGAAGAUCUUUGCUCUUAUGUUUCCUCUGCUGAUUUGCCAAGGAUGCUGGAUGCAGCUGGGCUGAAGUACCAGCUCUAUGAGCUCCCAUCCCACAUGGACAUAACGAGCUGCUUUAUUGAAGGGGACAAAGAUGGGGAGCUCUUGCUGGAUUUCCUGACAGAAACACUUGACUUUGCUAAAACUGCCCCUCCUGAACUAAAGCAUCAGCUAAUGGAAGAGUUAAGAAAGCCUGGAUGCAGUGAAAUCAGAGAUGGGAAGGUGUUUUUCAAUAACAACUUGGGUGUCAUCGUGAUUGAGCCAUGAGUUAACCUCUUCUGCUUCGUCCAAGGCAAAGAGAUACAAACUGUUAACAGCUGAAAUGCAUUUUUACCUUUUAUAAAUGGCUUAAUUUGCUACUGCGCUAAUAAUAAUUUUUAGAGCUUGUUAAGAAAUCAGUAUUAACAUCUGUUGUUAUAACUGAGCUUUAAUAUUUGAUUAAUUCUACACUAAUCUAUGAGUGUGUAACUCACAAGGCAGUAAAUUGUGCUUUACCAUACAGAUGUUGUGUAAUCAGCUAUUACUCAGACCAUCCACUCAGGAGCUGCAGAAACCUAACCCUCUCCUAAGGAAUAAUCCAGAACCACAUGGGGUUCCAUCACCUUCAUUUAAAAACUCUCUACAGAAUAAAUAAGCAAGUUGCAAUUUCUUGGUGCAGCUCGCAGUAGUGCAGGCUCAGAACGACCAACCAUUGGGUGGAUCUUUGAAUUUGAUGGGACUUCUUGAGCUUGUGACGUCAAGAUCUCAUACCUGCAGCCGCUGUGGAAGUGGCCUCACACCUGCAUGUUCAAUGGUUGCCUGCUCCUGCCUCUGCAGGCAUCUCCAUCUAAUGGCACUGCUCCCCUUUUCUGUUUUUUUACUUUAUGAUGAUGCAUCUGCAGAGCCAUUUGUGUGCCAGGUCCAUAGUGCCACGACACGAGGGAAGCAAGGGAAGGUGGUUGAGGCACAGGGUUGGUAACAACUGUCCUGGAGAGGUGGAUUUCAGUGGUGAGCCCUGAUGCAAAGUCUUUGUUAGGAAUCAGCUGCUGCAGACACACAGAGCUUUUUUUGUACUUUUAAUUAACCUAAAAAUGUUUCUGGUCCUAGCCUUUGCCUGGCCUGACAGCCAGGGCCAGAAGUGGCUUGUGAGCUUUGUAACAAGGAAAAUGUAAAAAUAAACUCUGAUACCAAAA